AUGGUCGUAGCAGUGUCAGUCGACGUUAUGCAGAUUCGCCCUCUCAAUGACAAGUCGCCUUACAAAGCAAGGGUGGCUCCCCCGCGAGCUACGAGUGAAGAUUUCUAUGUCCUCCCCCGCGACGCAGGCGAAUCUGAGCGGCUUCAGGCCCAACACGACCAUCUCCGGCGGUCGCUCGGUGGUCUUCUCGUCCAUCCGUCACUUCGCCUCCAGCACCGACGCACGAUUCUCGAUUGCUGUACUGGGACUGGGGCAUGGCUAAAGGACGCCCGCCUUGCCGCGCAUCCGGACGCUAUUCUCGAGGCUUGCGAUAUCACUCUGGAGCAGUAUCAUCGCGGGGACGCCAAGGCGGACGAUGUGUUUGUACAGAAUAUCCUUCACCCAUUCCCUCAAGAAAAGAGGAACAGAUACGACAUGAUCCAUCAGCGAUACUUGACUGGAGGUAUCUCGCGCCAUCAAUGGUCUAAUGCGAUUCGGAACGUCGUAGAGGCACUGAAGCCAGGAGGCUACCUUAACAUCACGGAGCCCAACUUAGAGACGUCGCCUCCAAGUCUGUUGGAUGACGCCUCUGGGAUUUCCAAUUGGAAGUGGCAAUUGAAACAGCUAUCAUGGCAGAAGAAUAAUCUCAUUGAACAAUGCGCUGACGAGAUCCCAGCUCUUUUGCGAGACGCGGGCUUGAUUAACGUGCAAACAAUCCGUAUGCGGGUGCCUUACGGUGCUAGCUGUCGAGCGCUCGGAAUGUCCGAAAACCAAGUCGAGAGUACUAUCCGCCUUCAUAUGUCGCCCUCGUUCGAUCAGGCACUAAAGAAACUAUGGAUAUCGUCGAGCAAGGGUACGGCCGAGGAAUUUGACCGAAACCAAGCGAUGUACGAGAGCUUCCUGCGGGAGAAGGGCAUAUGGAUGGACGUUAGCUUUGUCAUUGGCAUGAAGCCGUAUUGA